AUGGCGAUAGUAGAGGGCGCAGAGCUCGUGAAGCAUAACAGUCGACAAUCUUGCUGGCUUGCUAUCCACGGCGAGGUCUGGGAUGCCACCAAUUUUCUCGAACAACAUCCAGGCGGCGCGAAUUUGAUCCUAAACGUUGCUGGAACAGAUGCUUCUGACGAGUAUGAGCUCUUCCACAAUGCUGAACUCGUCCAGGAGACUCUCGGAUCCGAUGCAAAAAUGGGGACGAUAGACGUCUUAAGCAUACUACCGAAGAUGGACAAAAAGCCGGAUCCAGUAUUGGAAGUCAAGAAAAGCCCGCCGUUGAGCUCUAUGAUCAGUGUCGAUGACUUCGAAAAAGUAGCAGAGAAGACUAUGACGCCAACUGCAUGGGCCUAUGUCUCUUCGGGAGCUGACGACGAGAUCAGCAUGAGAGAGAAUUCAACAGCUUAUCAAAAGGUCUUCUUACGUGGUCGGAUACUACGAAAAGUCGGACGAGUCGACUGCAGUACCAACAUCCUCGGCUACCACUCUACCCUACCUAUAUACACUUCGCCUGUCGGACUCGCCAAAUUGGUGCAUCCAUCGGGUGAAUGUGCCAUUGCUGCAGCUGCUGGAAAUAUGCCGAUCGAAGAUAUCAUGGGUGCACGGAUUGCCCAGGAUCAGGUUAUUUUCUGGCAACUGUAUGCAGACAAGGACCUGGAAAAGUCAAAGACGUUCAUCAAAAGAGUCGAGAGAGCUGGCGUAUCAGCGAUAUGGCUUACCGUUGACUCUCCUGUUGUCGGCAAUCGUGAACGGGAUGAAAGGUCCAAAUCAGUAGUGGACAUAGAGGAGAAGUUGGAGGAAAUUGUCGAGACACCACAAAGCAUUGGUAUUGCAAAGGCCAAUACCGGGUUCAUCAAUGCUGACCUAGACUGGAACAUGAUCGACUGGCUACGGAAAUCUACCAGAUUGCCAAUAGUCAUCAAAGGUAUCCAGUCAGUCGAGGACGCCGUUUCCGCUUUCCACCACAAAGUCGAUGGGAUCGUCCUUUCCAAUCAUGGAGGCAGAUCUCAAGAUACCGCGCAGCCUCCACUUCUGACACUCCUCGAAAUCGAUCAAUAUGCUCCCCAUAUCUUGGGCAAACAUAUGCAGGUCUUUGUCGAUGGUGGGAUUAGACGAGGCACGGAUAUCAUCAAGGCACUAGCACUAGGUGCAACUGCCGUCGGUAUUGGAAGACCAGUGUUGUACAGCAUGUCUGGCGGAUACGCUGAGCACGGUAUCAGACGCAUGAUACAAAUACUUAGGAACGAGUUGCAGACAAACAUGGCAUUUAUCGGCGCAAGCAACGUCAAGGAAAUUGAGCGUAGCAUGGUCAAUACAAGAAAGCUGGAGCGGAUGAUGGUAGGCUCGGUAAAGCUUUGA